AGAAGCAUCCUGAUCCUGCAGCCAUGUUCUACAAGGCGCUCACCGUCUGCCUGCUGGGGCUUCUGGCUCUCUCCUCAGCUUGUUAUAUCCAGAACUGCCCCAUCGGGGGUAAGCGUGCCGUGCCGGACAUGGACAUCAGGAAGUGCCUGCCCUGCGGCCCCAGGAACAAGGGCCACUGCUUUGGCCCCAACAUCUGCUGCGGGGAGGAGCUGGGCUGCUACCUGGGCACCUCUGAAACCCUGCGGUGCCAGGAGGAGAACUUCCUGCCAACGCCCUGUGAGUCUGGGAGGAAAGCCUGCGGCGAGGAUGGGGCGAGCUGUGCAGCACCAGGAAUCUGCUGCAGCAGUGAGGGCUGUGUGCUUGACUCAUCUUGCAACCAAGAAAUGCUGUUUGCAUAGAGGGAAAAACCAGCAGGAUCUGCCAUCCCAUGGGCUGCACCAGCGCAGCACCCAGCACCAUGACUCAGACUGAAGUGAUGCUCCUAAUUAGAAAUAAAACUUGGACAGAAUUAAAAAAGUGUGUUUUUCUCCAUGUUUGCCUGGUUAGCUCUGGGAUCCUACUAAGACACGCAAGGCAGUGCUGUCCAGAUGUCCUCUGUGUGGUUUUCUUAUUUAGUCGUGCUAAAAACCAUCCAAGUGGCUUAGGAGACCUUAAAGUCCAUCCAGUUCCACUGGGUGGGCAGGCUGCACUCACCAGCUCAGGCUGCACAGUGUCCCACCCAACCCAGCUUGGAGCACCUCCAGUAAUGGGGCACCCACAGCUCUCUGGGCAGCAUUACAGGGCCUCACCACUCUCUAAGAAAAGAAUUUCCUCCCAGUACCUAACCCACAUUUCCCCUCUUUUAGUUUAAAGCCAUUCCCCCUUGUCCUAUCACUAUUACACCACGUAAAUUAAAAAUAAAAUAAAAAAAAUCA